UAUCAACCUAAAAUUAUAGGGCUUCAAUGGAAACUCCAAAACUUAAAACAGUCUCACGCAGGAGUCAUACCCUAACCCGUCCACGUCUCAUAUAAUCGCAGCCGAUUCACUAUAGGUUCUUUCUUUUCGCAUUUCACCAAACACAGCCUCCGCAGAAACCAAUCUCAAUCUCACUUCUUCGCAGCCAUGUCAAAGAGAAGGACUAGAGAACCAAAGGAAGAAAAUGUGACCCUUGGACCCACCGUGAGGGAAGGGGAGCAUGCUUUUGGGGUUGCUCACAUCUUCGCAUCUUUUAAUGACACAUUCAUUCAUGUGACUGAUCUCUCUGGAAGAGAAACCCUUGUCCGCAUAACUGGUGGAAUGAAGGUGAAAGCUGAUAGAGAUGAAUCUUCACCAUAUGCUGCCAUGCUUGCUGCACAAGAUGUUUCACAGAGAUGCAAGGAACUCGGUAUCACUGCCCUUCAUAUUAAGCUUCGUGCUACUGGUGGGAACAAGACAAAGACACCUGGUCCAGGUGCACAGUCUGCCCUGCGUGCCCUUGCCCGUUCUGGAAUGAGAAUUGGCCGCAUAGAAGAUGUUACUCCAAUUCCAACGGAUAGCACUCGUAGAAAGGGUGGCAGAAGAGGUAGAAGGCUGUGAUCUUGAAGGAUCUGAUUUUAUUUGGUUCCAAAUGGAGACUUCUUUCUUUGAUAUGAGUAAAGCUACUUUGCAGUUCAGAAUUGCUGUUUAGAUUUUCGCCUUCACCUUUGCAGUGAUUCAUGUUGAACUCAUGUAGAAACAAGAGGUUGUGAAGCACUUGAAAUUUUGCUUUGGUAGAUUAUGAAAUGCUAUGUAUGGUCUAUUAAUAGUUA